CUAGCACUAUCCAUCAGAAGGGAAUGAAUGGCCCCCUUUUGUCAGCCGGUGGCCAGUACAAAACAAUGAAACAAAAGGUUUUGAAAAGGAUAAUGGAAACGCUGACCUGGCAGCCUUGGCUUCCACCCACGCACAUGGAGAAGCUUACGGACCACAGUCCAGCUCCAGCAGCAACAGAUAGCCAACCAACCUGGGGCAGGCUAGGAUCAGAGCUCCACCGAAGGUGAAAUGGCAAGCCUGCAGAGCUUGAUUUCCAAACAGUUGAUUGCGCCGAACUGUACGGCUAGUGCCAGGCUGAAUGGGGCUCCUCCUUCGGUGGUGAACGCGAGCUCGAGCGAAGCAUCCUCGGAUGAGAAGAAGGUCACAAAAAGGAGAUUAGCACUGCUUGGUGCUGGGGCAUUAUCCACUGUCCUAUUAAACAGCAGCUCUGCAUAUGCUGAAGAAGUACCAAAGAACUACAGCUCUUACGUCGAUGCAAACGACGGAUAUUCAUACCUCUACCCAGCUGAUUGGAGGGAUUUCGACUUCUUGGGCCAUGAUUCAGCGUUCAAGGACCGUAAUGUGCAGCUGCAGUCUGUCCGUGUGGCCUUCGUUCCUACUCAGAAAACAGACAUUCGUGACCUAGGCCCAAUGGAUGAGGCGAUCUUCAAUUUGGUAACCGAAGUGUACGCUGCCCCGAACCAGAUACCAACGAUCUAUGAAAUGCAAGAGCGUACGGUGGAUGGCAGGAACUACUGGACAUUUGAGUACGAUCUGGAGGCGCCGGGCUACGGCGUGUCGGCGUUUGCGACGGUCGCCAUCGGGAACGGGAGGUACUACACGCUGAUCGUGACGGCUAACGAGCGGCGGUGGAGCAGGCUGCGCAACAAGCUCAAAGUCGUCGCCGACUCCUUCAAGAUCUCGGACUUGAACGCGUGAUUGAGCAAGCUGCUCAUGUCCGUCGGCACCACCAUCCCACCGGUGCAACGAAUCUGUAUUACUCAUACAUCUAGCUAUUCAUGCUUGCACGAAUUAGUAGAACCAGUAUACAUGAAUUAGUGGUCAAAAAAAUUACUUCUUUAAAACAAUAUAUUGAGGAACCACAGGGAGUAUGAUUCCUAGGACAAUUCGUCA